AUGUGUAGCUGUCUAAACUUCCGUCAGUCAGUAUUAUUUGUUCCACUUAAACUUCAAAAGACUACUGGAGUGCACCUCCCGCCGCAAUUGAUCAUACUGUACAAUAAAAAUGGCAUUCAAGCGGACUGGAAUGAAUACAACAAAUCAACAGUUACUCUUGAGAAAAUUUUAAACAAGUGCUAUAUUCAAAUAGAAAAGAAAGUAAUUUACUCCAGGAAUAAGGAUUCCUUAUACAGGUUGCUCAACUCAUGA